CUAAACUAGCAGCCUAUAAUUAGUAUAUGAUCUGGGUUGGGUUGCGGCAGAGAAGUCUAAUGAGCUUGUUGAUUCUGAUUUCAGGGUUUAAAUUUGGAAGAGAAACGGUUAUAAAAUUGCUGGGUUGUGCAAAUGAAGAUGGCUGAAUCAUGGGUUGGAAAGGAGGAGAAAAAUGACAAAGGUUCUUCACCCAAAGGCGGCAAUAUGGUGCAACAGAAAUCUAUUUUUGGAAGAUAUUCUGAUGCAGAAAUGUUGUCUCAGCUAAAAAGUUUUGCUCUUGAUCCUUGUAAUUCAGAAGUAUCAUGGGCUAAAAUUCGACCAUUGUGGAAUCAGACUCUUAGAGUGAGAAAAGUAAUGGCCUUAUGUGAUACUGCAUUUCCCCGGAUGGCUGAAUCAUGGGUUGGAAAGGAGGAGAAAAAUGACAAAGGUUCUUCACCCAAAGGCGGCAAUAUGGUGCAACAGAAAUCUAUUUUUGGAAGAUAUUCUGAUGCAGAAAUGUUGUCUCAGCUAAAAAAUUUUGCUGUUGAUCCUUGUAAUUCAGAAGUAUCAUGGGCUAAAAUUCGACCAUUGUGGAAUCAGACUCUUAGAGUGAGAAAAGUAAUGGCCUUAUGUGAUACUGCAUUUCCCCGGGACCUAGCAGAGUUUGGGCACUUGGCUAAAUUUGGAUUUGAAAUAAGGAACUGUUUUGAUGUUGUGGACAGCAGCCCAAAAAAAAGUACAAAAACAGAAGAACAGAAGAAGAACAAGAAGAAGAAAAAGAAAUCUGAGUCCUACUGCAUUCAACCUUGGAUGGUUGACUCCACUGAAAGUUUAGAGCAGAAAACUCUCUUGAGCUCACAUAGUUCGUGCAGCAUAUUGACAUUUGAGGAUGAUUGUCGAUGGAAAAAGCUAUCUGCUGAAUUCUCCGUUAUGGAUUAUGCAACAGACAGGAGUCCCCUGAACAAGGAUGUUUCUCCCUUGGUUGAUUCUGAUGAAUCUGUUAAUGGUUCAAAUUCUCCGAGUUCAGAAAACCUGACCGUCCGGGAUCCACCCUUACCGGAUUUGGGUGACUCCAUUCAUGGUUCAAGCUCAAAUUUGGAAGAAUCAAACCAAACAUUUCUUCACACCCCUAGGCGAUCACCCAGGUUGCUGAACUUCAUUGGUGAUCACCUCCAAAGAACGGUUAUUCCAGUUGGGCCACACUUCCAGGCUGAUGUUCCUGACUGGAUUGGUCCUGUUAACAAGGGAAUUCUUAGGGGUGAGUAUUGUGAUUCUGAAACUUUGAGGUGGUUGGGCACCCGGGUUUGGCCCAAUGAAGACACAAAUAAAGAAUCAACUGGAAAAGCAGUUGGAAAAGGGAGACCUGACUCUUGCUCAUGUGUCUCUCCUGGAUCAACUGAUUGUUCAAGAAUCCACAUUCUUGAGCAGAGGCUCCUUCUGCAAUAUGAUCUUGGUCCUACUUUUUUCAGUUGGAAGUUCGAUGAGAUGGGAGAAGAAGUUUCAAAGUCAUGGACAUUGAAGGAACAACAAAGUUUCGAUUCUCUUGUGAAAGUGAGUCCACCAUCAAAAGGUAAGAAUUUUUUGAAGCAUGCCUUGAAAUGCUUCCCCUGCAAGUGCAAAAGAAAUAUACUGAGCUACUACUUCAAUGUGUCCAUCCCUAGACGGAUGAGCAUGGAGAUUAGGUCAUCCCUACAUCAAGUUGACAGUGAUGACAAGAAGGUGAAAGAUGUUAAUUACGUGGAUUUACAGAAAACACGUAAUGGUAGGAGUCGUAUCAUUGGAAGUCCUAAAGAUGUGAAAAGUCAGUACUUUGGUUGUCGUUUUUGAUUGAUCGAGGGUAGAAAGAAUCUAAUAUUCCUGCAAUGAGUCCAGAUCAGAAUGUUUAUCUUGUAUCCUGAUUUUGGCAUCCAUUCUUUUCCAAUACACUUCGGUUUCUUGGAUUUUUCAGAAAAUGUAUCACAGCCUACAGUUUUGAAGUUUUGGUCAAGCCCAUAGCAACUUGGAAGGGAAGGAGAUCCUUUUGGAUCAAUUGCUUGAACCUGUCUUUCUUCUUUUUGCCAGAAGGGGUGGCCCAAUCACGAAUAGAUCUCUCAACAAGAGCCUUGAUCGGCUAGAGGAAAUUGCGUCGGUGCAUUCUUUUGGAACGUCAUUUGAGUUGUCU